GCGCAGCGGAACGGAGAAAUAACACGUACGGCUGGAAAUAUGGAUGGUAAUUUGAGCCUCCUGCGCUGGAUACUUUAGACUGACCUUUCGUUUCGUUUCCUCUCGUUUCGUUCUCCCCACGGAUGUGUGGGAUGAAGAGGGACAGGGAGCUGGGGGUGUAACAUUCGGCGUUCGUGCGCUUUUGAGAUGCUGUGGUUAGUGAACUGUGCGGAAAUGCAGCCCUGACUCCGUCUGCGGAUGACGCGCUGCACGCUGCUGUUUUUCUUCGUCUUUAAAAAGGCAACUUUUAGGUUUUGUCUGCAAAGGAAGCAGCGCCAAAGUGCUUUGUCAAGAAUGUACCUCGCACGGCGUUUGCGCAAUGAGGAUCUUUGCGCAAUGCAGUAAAACGCCACUUCUGCGUUGUCGCGCUUUCAUGGCGGUUUUGCGGUUAAAUAAAUCACCUCUUUGGGUUACCUAACCAUUAAGCACCCGGCCGGCGGCGAUUGAUUAAUUCCCUCCAUGCGAUUGCUCACCCUCGAGGUCCCGGGCGCGUGCAGUGUGUGAGAAGCCUUACCGCUUACCGGGGGAGGAGGGUCAAUGAAAAACAAACAGUUUGCCCUCAAGUUGACAGCUCCCUGGGAGAAGGAUGUCGGAUUUGGGAGAAGGCUCAAGACUUACAGGAACCACACCAAAAUAAUUGCCCACCCAGGCAUCGUGAUGAAAGUGCUGCGCAGGAAGCGGAUAGUGCUGUUCAUGGCGUACUUCUUGCUGCUGGUGCUGACCAUGCUCAACCUGGCCAACUACAAGUGGACGAAGGAGCCCCAGCAGUGUAACCACCAGAUGCGGAGCACGGUGUACCAGAGCAGGUCCGACAUCCGCUUCCUCUACAGACCGUCCCUGGCCAAGAAGAGGCAGCUCGUCUAUGUCCUCACCACCUGGAGGUCGGGCUCCUCCUUCUUCGGGGAGCUCUUCAACCAGAACCCGGACGUGUUCUUCUUGUACGAGCCCAUGUGGCACAUCUGGCAGAAGCUGUACCCCGGGGAUGCCGUGUCCCUCCAAGGGGCGGCCCGGGACAUGCUGAGCUCCUUGUACCGCUGUGAUCUCUCGGUGUUUCAGCUCUACAACACGCCCGGGAGCAAGAACAUCACCUCUCUGGGGCUCUUCGGUGCUACCCUCAACAAAGUGAUCUGCUCGUACCCUCUCUGCUCCGCCUACAGAAAGGAUGUGGUCGGCAUGGUCGAUGACAAGGUGUGUAAGAAGUGUCCCCCGCAGAGCUUGCGGCUCCUGGAGGAGGAGUGCCUCAAGUACAGCACGGUGGUGAUCAAGGGGGUGCGCAUCCUGGAUGUUAACGUCUUGGCUCCUCUAAUGGAGGAUCCCUCCCUAGAUCUGAAGGUGAUCCACCUGGUGAGGGACCCCAGGGCUGUGGCCAACUCCAGGAUCAAGUCAAGGCAUGGGUUGAUACGUGAGAAUUUACAAGUGGUGAGGAGCAGGGACCCCAAACUUCGCCGGAUACCCUUCGUGGACCCCAGUCACAAGGUAAACAAGAAGGACGGCUCAGACUACCACUCGAUUGGAGCCAUGGAAGUGAUUUGUGACCGGACCUCCAAAACGCUGCGAACUGCCUUAAAUCCACCCAGCUGGAUCAAGGGGAAGUACAUGGCCGUGCGGUACGAAGACCUAGUGGAGAAUCCCAUCAAAACUCUGAGAAGCGUCUAUCGCUUUGUGAAUUUGUCCGCAAACCACGACAUCGAAUCAUUCGCCUUGAACAUGACAAGCGGGACGAGUUCGUCCUCGAAGCCGUUCAUCGUGUCCUCCAGAAACGCGACGCAGGCGGCUAGCGCCUGGAGAACUGCGCUCAGCUUCCAGCAGAUGAAGCAGGUGGAGGACUACUGCCACCACUCCAUGACCUUGCUGGGGUACGAGCGCGUGCGGACAGCCGGGGAAGCGAAAGACCUCAGCAAAUCUCUUCUGACAGUUCCCAAACUGUGACACUUUUGCAACCAAAGACAGUGAGCUGUGCAUUCAUUUUUGCAUUGGGUACAGUCCCGUAUGGACUCUAGUUCAAGCUUUAUUUCAAAGUCAGUGUUCCUGGAGUUUCUUUCACAAACCACAUUGGAAUGUAUUUAGAUUUUUAAUGCUAGUACAAUGGAAUUUGGUAGGGGCAGUUUUGUCAAUGCAGGCCCCAUGGAUGGUUAAGGUGGUGCCUAUAAGAAAAGACGAGGAAGCUGCAGCUGUGCAUCACGUAUCGUACUAUAAAUGAUAACACUUCCAAGCAAAUGUUUUCAGAAGUACUUUGAAAUGUCCAGACAUUACUAGAAAAUCGAUUACAUUCUACGGUACCUCCAUACUGUCUGUAAAAGUGGAAAUUGUGUGGGAAAAAAAUCUUGACAGCAUAAGUCACUCAUUGUGUGAUCUGGUAAUUGUACAUUUUGUUAGUAAGUACUAGUGCUCAGUGAACACUACCAGAGACAAUCAUUAAAAUGUUCAAAUAGUCUUUUGUGCAAUAUGUAAAUAUAAGCUUUUUUAAA